UUAACAAGCCCCACGAUUGAUUCUGUACUUUAUCCAUAUUCAACCUUUUUUUCUCUAAAAUGGCCGCUCGUUUUCUUUUCGCCGUUGCUGUGUUUGCAGGUUUGUGUGCGGUUGCACUGAGUUUCCAGGGUAAAGCGACGUUCUACCUUCCGGCGAUGGGAGCCUGCGGAAAGGUCAACCACGAAGACGAGAUGGUGAUGGCCGUCAGCAAGCAUCAGUACGGAGAGCACAAGAAUCCCAACAAGGCACCCGUCUGCGGCAAGUGCGCCCUGGUCAAAGAUGUGGAGUCCGGAAAGCAGGUCAAGGUCAAGGUGGUCGACCGCUGCGAGGGAUGUGCCAGUGGCGCCAUCGAUCUGUCCCCGGCUGCCUUUGAGUCGCUGGCUCCCAAGGACCUCGGUGUCACCCAGGUCACCUGGAAUUACGUGAAAUGCUAGGUUCGCUGUGAUUUGCCACGUUUCUUCCAUGUUUUUUUAUUCUUCUGCUAGAUGCGUGUUAUGUUCCAAUGUGGCUACUCUGCCGCUUUUAAUACUAGCGCUUUUUCCGUUUUUCCGCCCUUAUAAUUUUUUUAUUUUUUGCAUUCUAG